AAGCGCGGUUGAGGAUCAGUCAAGUCAAUUAUGGUAAACAAGGAAAAGAGGGACCAUCUGGAGAGUUCUGGAUAUAUUAAGUUUGGAAGAUUUCAGUUUGAGAUAUAUUGAAUUUUGUGUGUAUCGAGUUUAGGAUAUAUUGUGUGUGGAAUAUAUUUAUUUUGGUGUACAUUGAGUUUGGUGUAUAUCAAGAUUAGAAUAUACUGAGUGUGGAAUAUAUUGAUUUGGGAUAUAUUGAGUUUGGUGUACAUCAAGAUCAGGAUAUUUUGAAUUGAUGCUGCAUCGAUGAACAGAAUGGAUCGUAUUAAAACAGAAAAUCAUGAUCAACAGACAUUGAUUGAACCAAUUAGAUGUAUCAAACAAGAAACCAAUGAUUCAUCCGAUGAUUCUAAUGAUGCAAUCUGCUUUAGUAAACUCAGUAAUGGUUAUACCGAUAGUAAACAAAGAUUAUAUGAUGAUUCUUGUCAAUCACGUGUCAUAUCAGAAACAACUACAAAUACUGGAGAUGAAGUUCAUCUUGAAAUUAAAGAAGUUGUUGUCAAACCAGAAAUUGGAUAUUUUGAUGGUGAUAACGUCUAUGCUGUCACCUUUGAUGACUCUACUGGAGGAAAACAAUUCAAAUAUGAACACUGUGAGAAAGUUUUCAAUCAACAACUUCAUUUCAAAAACCAGACAAAGACUCAUAAAGGGGAGAAAUCAUUUGACAGUGAAGAAAAACAAUUAUCGGAACUCAAAGAAAAACCUUUUAAAUGUAAACAUUGUGAGAAAAGUUUCCAACAUCAUUGCAGAUUUAAAGAACAUUCUGUCACACAUACGGAGGAAAAAAAUUUCAAAUGUGAAUUUUGUAAAAAACAUUUUAAACGUAAAAGUGACUUGAAAAGACAUAGUUCUAUUCAUACAAAUUGGAAACCAUUCAAAUGUAAUAUUUGUGAAAAAAGUUUUUUUCACAAAUAUAAAUUGAAUGUCCAUAUGCUGAGACUUCAUUCUGAAACUGGCGAGGGUUCAUUCAAAUGUUUACUUUGUGAUCAGUUGUUUUCAGACAAGGGUGUGCUGAAUUUACAUAUGGAGAUUCAUACUGAAAACAGAGCAUUCAAAUGUGAACAUUGUAACGCGUAUUUUCAAAAAGAGAGCUCAUUGACUGUUCACAUGAAAAUGCAUACUGGAGGUAAAUCAGUUAAGUGUACCAAGUGUGAAAUAUGUUUUACGCGAAAAAACAAUAUGUAUGCCCAUAUCCGGCGGGUUCAUAAUCGUGAGAAAAUUAUCUCCAAAAAACAAAAAUUGAAUGAACAGUUAAGGUUACACAUUGAAGAAAAGCAAUUUAAAUGUGAAUUCUGUGGGAAAAUAUUCCCAAAAAAACGAAAUUUGGAUGAACAUUUUGAGACACAUAGUAAAGAAAAACAAGUCAAAAGUGAGCAGACAGUACACUUUCAGCAACAAAGUAACUUGAAGAAAAGUCCGAAAUUAUCCAGUGAAGAAACACAAUUAUCUGAACUCAAGGAAACACCUUUAAAAUGUAAAAAUUGUGGGAAACGCUUUAAAUAUGAUUGCAAAUUGAAAAUACAUUCUCUUGUCCAUACGGAGGAAAAAGAUUUCAAAUGCGAAUUUUGUAAAAAACAUUUUAAACGUAAAAGUGACUUGAAAAGACAUAGUUCUAUUCAUACAAAUUGGAAACCAUUCAAAUGUAAUAUGUGUGAAAAAAGUUUUUUUCACAAAUAUAAAUUGAAUGUCCAUAUGGAGAGAAUUCAUACUGCUACUGGCGAGGGUUCAUUCAAAUGUUUACUCUGUGAUCAGUUGUUUUCUGACAAAGGUAUGCUUAAUAUACAUAUGGAGAUUCAUACUGAAAACAAAGCAUUCAAAUGUGAACAUUGCAAUGAGUAUUUUCAAAAAAAUAGCUUGUUGACUGUUCACAUGAAAAUGCAUACUGGAGGUAAACCAGUUAAGUGUACCAAGUGUGAAAAAUGUUUUACUCGAAAAUACAAUAUGUAUGUCCAUAUCCGACGGGUUCAUAAUCGUGAGAAAAUUAUCUCAAAAAGCAAAAAUUGAAUGAACUUUUAAGCCUAAGGAUACACAAUGAAGAAAAGCAAUUUAAACGUCAUAGUAAAGUAAAAUAAGUCAGAAGUGAACAACAUUUUGAUUCAAAUGUCUGCUUUUAAAUAAUUUCAAACAAUGCACUCUUGUUUGUUUCCCUCCCACAUCAAAAUAACUUGAAGAAUUAUUUAGAGUUGAUGUUUUAUUUUAUUGUUUUAAAGUAGUGCUUCUGUUGUUCUAGGGAAGAAAAUAUUUACAUUUAAAUUUUGUAAAAAGCUAUGACACAAAACAUGUUAAAACGAAUGAAUGGUCUUUUUCAGAGCAAUAAAAUUUGGUGCCCUUUGAUUUAAAUUGUCAGAGCCCAUGAUUGUACUAAAUAAUAUCUUGAAUUAAUAAAGUAUAUACUGAGAAAAU